AUGAGUGACAAAGCUAUACCAGUUCGAGUGGCACCUAUUCAAGAAGAAGAACCGGAGGAGGAAUUGGAAGAAUGGCAAACGACCAACGAUUCUGCUGAGCUAAAGCAUUACCGUACUCAGGCAAAGAGAAUUCACACGAAGUCACUUAAUCAAGCUCUCCUUGCCGUCCGGAUGCUAGAAGAUGUUGAUACAGUCAACGUAUAUCGAGUUGGCUUGGUCCGUGCAUACGACAUAGUUGAAAGAAUUCACCGUCGCUACGUGGAAGCGUUAGCUGACGUGGCCAACUACUUAGAUUCCUGUCAGGCCCGUGCAAGAUCAGUUGCAGGUUCCAGCCGCAGUAGCACUUCUAACCGUUCAUCAGCCUCAUCGACACGCCGUAAACUUCAAGAGGCAGAGCGGCUAGAAAAGGAAAUGCAACUAAAGAUUCAACAGGAAAGAGCUGAAGCCUUGCAACAAGCCGAAGAGGAUGAACGUAUGCAGCAGUUGGAAAUCGCUAGAAAAGCAGAAGAAAGGCGUGUUGAAGCAGCACACGAUUUAGCAGUUGCCGAAGAGGUCGAUGAAAUGGAAACGUCCGGGUUUGACAAAACAGGUGUCUGGAAACCUUCUUUCGUCCCAUCUCAUCCACCUGCUACGCUUAUCCCAAAUUUCCGUAUACCGUGUGGGGCAGCAACGUCAACGCAACCAUGCUCUCAAUACGAGCCGGCUUCGUCUGAACAGCCGUCUACGUCUGACCAGCCGUCCUCGUCGAUUCCCAAGCUAAAUACCAACGCCUUCAGCUACGUACCACCAAACGUAUUCAACCAGCCAAAUCCAAGUAUAGCUCAGCAAUUCACCUCAAGCGCUCGUCCGUCACUGAUUCCAACAACCACGACGUCGGCGCUACCCGUCCACAACCGAGUUACGCAACAAACGUUUUCGCCUCAAAUACCAGUUCACGCUCCACAACCAACGGUGUAUUCUCCUGAUGCCUGGAUAUUCGCCGUAAAUCGUCAUGACGCACCUCCGACAUUUUAUUCAUCAUCGAGGCCGCCGAAAGCUGAACCACCGAAGUUUGACGGCAACCCGAUAAACUGGCCUAUGUUUAUCCAGUCAUUCAAGGUUCAAAUUCACGACACAUGCUUCAGCGAUGCUGAACGUCAACACCAUCUACGUGCAAGCUUGACGACCGAAAUUCAGAACAAUCUUGGCGAAGUUCUACUCAACCCUGGAUUAUACUCCUUUGCAUUGAAAGAGCUGCAUCGGAAUCGUCGCAACUUGGAACUGGUUGGAUAUGGACUGGAACUACACAGCAGUACAACCUUGGCUCAAUUGGUUGGAAAAUUGACGCCCACCUUACGCAGUAAAUGGGCCGAAAUGAGCUAUCGAAUUCAAGAUAGAUUGCCUACGAUACUCGACCUGGACACGUGGCUCGAUGACGUUACGAUGGCGGAAUACUUCGUCCGUGUUGGCGUCAACCCCACACCCCAGCAAGGCAGUCAUCCGAAAACUCGAGAAAACGUCCACAGGUCGUCGAACGAAAAACAGAAGAAAUCGACCACGACUCCCAUGGUCUUUUCUACGACCGUAAAAAUUGCGUCCUGCCCACACUGUGACGGUGCUCAUCGCCUUUACCUCUGUGAGAAGUUCAAAGCCUUAAAUACCACGGAACGAUCAGAAAUCGUCAAAGAAAAAAGAUGCUGUUACCGGUGUCUCGACGACCGCCAUCUAAGUUCCGAGUGUACGAAGGAAAAGGAAUGUGGAACGGACGAGUGUAAACGUCUUCACCACCCUCUUCUCCAUGGAGCACCAAGGAUGUACCCGAAAACGCCACGAUCGAGCUUGAUGUCAUCCUUGUUUCAAAAGAGCCUGUUUAACGGCUCGGUCUCCUACGGCUACGAAAGUGAAACGACCUUACUGCCCAUCGUCCCUAUGUUAAUUGAAGCUAAUGGCCGAACCUGGACCGGUUAUGGAUUGCUGGAUCCUGGAAGCCAAAUCUCAAUGAUAACCAACGCGCUUGCAAACGAAUUGGGACUUCAAGGCGAGAAGGGAAUUUCAAGAAUCGGAACAAUCAGAAACGAAAACGUUGACCUAAGGAAGUUGGUUAAGGAUUGGCCUCAUCUAGCCGGAUUGAAAGUUCCCACCCAAAAUUCCAUGCACGUUAACGUGUUGAUCGGCUCGUGUGAUAUGGCACCGCAAGAGGUCCUUGAAAUUAAAAGAGAUCCGUUGAACGAGCGGGCCCCGCGAGGACUACGAACAGCCUUUGGAUGGUGUAUAGCUGGACCGAUCUCUCCAGCCGCCGUUGCACAACUGCAGUGCAACUCGCUCUCAUUAGCGCCCCCACCCGACCAAGAUCUUGUGAAUGCAAUUGAUCGCUUUCUACUCACCGAGACUUACGAAGCCCGAGCAGGAGUCAAGAUGCCGAUUAGCGAAGAAGAAGUACGCGCGAACAAGAUCCUAAACGAAACGACGAAAUUCUUAGGCGAUCGAUACGAGUCGGGACUUCUCUGGAAACACGAAGAGCCGAACCUGCCCGACAACAGCCAGUCUACACUAGCGCGUUUCCUCAAGCUAGAACGAAGACUCAUCGCCGACGAAAACCUUGGUAAAAGGUACUCCGCAGCAAUCAACGAGUAUAUCAGCCUUGGUCACGCCCGAAAACUCUCAGCUGAGGAGGUCAACUAUCGUCCAGUUGGCCAAACCUGGUUUCUGCCUCACCAUCCGGUGAUAAAUCCGAAGAAACCCGAAAAAUGCCGCCCGGUCUUUGAUGCCUCCGCGUACUACAAGGGAAUGUCGCUGAACUCUGCCCUGCUGAAAGGACCCGACCUGCUAACCAACCUCAUUGGUGUGCUGAUACGUUUCCGACAACAUCCGAUAGCGUUGAGCGCGGAUAUUGUUAAAAUGUUCCACCAAGUAAGGGUGCGGCCAAAAGACGGGCCGGCACUUCGCUUUUUCUAUCGUGACCCGGGUAUACAGGAACCACCCUCCGUUUACCAAAUGAACGUGCAACCCUUCGGCGCAGUUUGCUCUCCGACAAUUUGUGCUCACGUUCUACGUCAAGCAGCCGAAGAUGGCGGGAUUGAUGCGGCUGACGUUACCAACCAAAUAAUCGACCAUUUUUACGUGGAUAAUUGGUUGACAUCAUCCCCAACUGCCAAAGAAGCUGUUCAGCACGCAAAAAGGGUGGCAGACGUUCUACUUCAAGGAGGAUUCGAGCUCGCCCAAUGGGGUUCAUCAUGUCCAAAAGUUCUAUUGUCGUUGCCUGGCAAUCCAGUCUCAUCCAUCGAUUUAGCCCUACACGGAAUACCCAUAGAGCGGACGCUGGGGCUUUCACUCGACUACGGCAGCGAUUCGUUUGUGGUGAGCUUAAGCAUAAAACUGGAUGGAACGACGAAACGAGAAAUACUUCGAGAAACGUCAAGCGUCUACGACCCAUUUGGGUUUCUUUCACCGGUGUUGCUACACGCAAAACUUAUCCUGCAAGCUGUAUGCAGAAAAUCGGUUGGCUGGGACGAUCAACUAGACCAAACGACCGUCGAUGAGUGGCAACAUUGGGUCGUCUCCCUCUCGAAGCUAAAACCACUCUCCAUCUCACGAUGUUUCAACCCAGAGCUAGCAAAAGCGCGAGGUGUGGGACUUCAUCUGUUUGCUGACGCAUCCGAAUCAGCUUUUGGUGCCAUCGCCUAUCUCCGAUUUGACAAUCCCGACGGCGUAAAGGUGUCAUUUGUCAUGGCCAAGGCAAGAGUGGCACCCAUCAAAUACGUUUCGAUUCCCAGACUUGAGCUGUGUGCAGCAUUACUCGCAGCCCGUCUAGCAUCAGUGAUCAAGUCAGAACUUCGACUAAAAAUCGACCAAGCCACAUUCUGGUCGGACUCCACAACGGUUUUGAGAUGGAUAAACUCUCCACACUAUCGUUUUCAUGUUUACGUUGGAAACCGAAUAGGCGAAAUAUUGGAGCUGUCCGAAAGUAGUCAAUGGCUUUAUGUCCCUACAACUCAAAACCCAGCAGACGAUGUCAGCCGUGGCGUCACAUCUACAGAAUUUUCCAUCGAGCAUCGUUUCUUUACUGGACCAUCUUUCCUCUAUCAAUCACCGCAAAACUGGCCGGCCUUCCCCGAUGUAAAACAGGGAAUUGACGAAACAGAGGAUCCCGAAGUUCGCUGUACGAGAUGGGUUGGUGCGACACUACACGUAACCGAUUCCAUUGACCGGCUCACCACGUACACCUCCCGCUUUCCGUUUUUAGUCGGCGUCGUCGGCUACGUCAAACGUUUCAUCAAUAACGCUCGGAAAGAUAAAACCCAUCGUGAUUUCGGCAAACUAUCGGAAACCGAGGUCAAGAAUGCGGAAGCGGAAUUGUUUAGGCGCGCCCAGAUGUCUGCCUUUCCUGAAGAUUACAGUAAUAUAAAGGAGGGAAAGCAGCUCGAUCCUGGUUCAAGCCUAAUCACGUUAACGCCAUUCGUCGACCAUCAAGGAGUUUUACGGGUCGGAGGACGUAUUGAAAAUGCUCCAACCCCACCGGAAGCUCGCCAUCCGAUCAUACUCCCAGCCGAAGAAAAAAUCACGGAAUUGAUGAUUUAUAGUCUUCACCUCGAGUUCGUACACUCCACUACAGAGAGAACCUUUCACGAAUUACGUAAACUCUACUGGGUUCAACGUGGACGAAAAACGGUGAGAAGAAUUAUAAACAAGUGUUUUAAAUGCAAGCAACACUACGCAAAGGCACUUUUUCCAAUGAUGGCCGCUCUUCCCGGUUACCGUUUGAAGCCUUUCUACCCCGCCUUUACACACACCGGAGUAGAUUUCUUUGGCCCGUACAACGUAACGAUAUUCAGACGGAAAGUAAAACGCUGGGCCUGUUUAUUUACUUGCAUGUCAUCAAGAGCCGUGCACCUGGAAAUGUCAUACUCUCUUGACACUUCCUCCUUCAUCAACUGCAUCAGUCACUUCGAAGAUCGCCGUACAACCCCGAAACAUUAUCACAGUGAUAAUGGCACGAACUUUGUUGGAGCUGUGCGUGAAUUUUCCGAGUGUCUCCGUCGGAUGGAACAGCUAGCCAUUCAAGAUGGGCGGAAACGAAGAACGGUGACUUGGAGUUUCAACCCACCUUCCGCGCCACAUUUUGGUGGAACCUGGGAACGUCUAGUUCAAUCGUCAAAACGUGCCUUAAGAUUCGUACUCAACGAGCAAACUCUGAUUGACGAUACCUUAGUCACCACGCUAAUUCAAGUGUAG